AUGUUGCCCUUGGUGGUUUACUUUCUUCUUUUUAUUGCCAAUGUCGAGUUUACGACCGGUUUUGCGAUCGAAGGACGACAGCGAAGAAAUAAUGCGGCAAGGUCAGACCCGGUACCAGUAAUACUGUUGUCGACAGGCACCCGGACACGAUUCUCUACCAUUUACUCGAACAAUGACAACGAAACCCCCAUGACGGCGGCUCCGGGGUACGAUUUUCGAAUUGACCCCGAUCACUAUGUCUGGGGUUCCUGUCUUCUUAUGACUCUCGAAGCCACGAAAUGCGGGCUCGCCGGGCAGUGUUUCGACAACUACGACUGUGCGCAAGGAUGUGGUGCAACCGACAUACCGUACGGCACAGUGACUUGGUAA